AUGACGAUAACAAGGCAGGUAGUUGGGGUGAUCCUGAUUGGUUUAAUAUUGGGUACUCUAUCACAGGAACGGUACAAUGUUCCAGACUCAAAUAACAACCAGAAUAUAAAACCAGCUGUCAAGGCCAAGAUCAUUCCAUCUGAAAACGGCAACGCGGCUGUUAUACGUCCAGUGAACGACGUAGUACACAGGGGAGAUAACAACCAAAAUAUUAUUUCCAAUCAAGGUCAAGGUCAGGCGGUGGUUCAAGGUCAACAACCAAAAGUUGAUCAGAGUUUUAAUAAUGGAGUGAUAAGAAAUGUGAACAAUCAACAAGCUGCUCCCGUGUUAAACGUAGGUAAUAACAAUGACAACAAUGUAGUACAAUUUAAUAAUCCCGUCAACAAUAAUAAUAAUAAUAAUAACUUUCAGCAGCAACAGAAUUUUCAAAAUAAGAAAAGUCAACGUGAAAUUGGUGGAAUGAAAUUAAACUGGGAUUGGAGUGACUUUGCGAUUUCGUUUAAUGAUUAUGGAGCUGCAGAACAGAAAGUGAGACGUGCCCCACACGCUUCGACUGGGGAACCCUGGCCUUUACCCCAAUAUUAUGUUAAAAAAUCUAAAAAGGUGUAUCGCAUAUCGGCAAGUGAGUUUACGUUUAAAAUUGUGGAUAAAAGUUGUGAUAUUCUAGAAUCGGCUGCGGAGCGUUAUCGAGACCACGUGUUAAACGAUGUUGUAGAAGAUAUGUACGAUAAUCUCCAGCAUGCAGACGGAACAGUUCUUGAGGAUCCAGCAUCCAAAUAUGACAGUCCAAAGUUCACUAACGCUCCUGUGAUUACUGUCAUGGAAUUAAAAGUUCGGAAACCAUGUUCCAAAUAUCCUGGUCUUCAUUCCGAUGAAUCUUGUAAUCUUUCAUGA